CGGAAUACACCAGCGUUGCAAUUACCUACAUCGGUCUGCAUACAUAUAGCUCGACAUGGGUAUGCUGCUAUAUAAGGAGGGCGCUGCCCAAAUCAUUCCUUUCCUUCCAAUCUUCCACAACUUCGAAGACUCAGGCAGCGUAAGGUAGGCCAUUUUCUCAUCUCAUCUAUUUUUAAUCAUUUUCAAACGUCGUAACCGACAUUCUUCCAUCACCAUCUCUGUCAUUUCACUCCGGAUACUCUAAAUACGGAAUUCGCGCAUAUCCACAAAAAUCAGCGACCGAGACAGAAAUUCCUGCAAUACUUAACAUCAACGAGACGAUUCCUCGAUCGGCAAUCCGAAUUUGGAGAGAAUUACAUCAAAGCACGGGUCUGCUUAAUUCAUUCAAGAUGUUCAGCCGACGAUUUGAGCCACCACAGAACAAGAGCUCCUCAAAGACGCACAAGGUCAAUAAAUCCAGCUCAUCUUUCAGUAAAACCCAUGGCGUUUCCAAGAGUCGACAUGAGCCUCGCCAACAUCGUCGCCCAGCGACGGCAACAUCUUCAAAUGUGCCAAGCGACCCAACCGCUCUCUCAUCACCUGGUUCCUUGACUCCUUCCAUUGUGACCCUAGUUAUCGGAAGGGAUCAACGCAUCUUCGCUGCUCACGAAGAUGUUCUUCGCGCUUCGCCUUGGUUUCAACAGGCACUCUCCGAUCAAUACCUAGAUUCGCAGAAUAGCAAGCGCAUCCACCUUCCCGAAGAGGAACCCGAGAUCUUUUCUUCUGUCUUGGAAUACUUAUACAAGGGUGACUAUUACCCUCGUCUGGUCCACAACAAGCGUCGGAACUCGUGGGAGAUCGAACAGAUUCAAGAUGAGGGCCAGACCUCAAAUGAGUCUACUGUCUAUCAUCGUGGUGUCGAUGGCGAUGUUCUAAAGGACACUGUCAUCUAUUGUACUGCUGAGAAGUAUGGUCUCGAGGAACUCAAACGAGUUGCUUUACGCAAACAGGGUCUUCAGUCGGGCAUUCAAUGCAGCACUAUCCUGGCAUCGGCUCGCUAUGCAUAUGCCAACACACCUGACACUGACUCCAAGUUGCGAGCUCAUUAUCUCGCUCUCAUCAUUCGGAGCCGCAGCACAUUCAAGCGAAGCGGUACCAUGCAGCUAGAGAUGUUCAACGGCGGCACUCAGCUUUUCUUCGAUCUGUUUGUUGCUUUAUGCAACCAUGUCGAUGAUAUAUCUAGCGCUCAAAACACUCCACGCAGCAACCGUCACUUCUUUUGAAGUGUUCCCCAAUCUCUAUGAUCUACAUUGCCCCUCCCCAUCAUAUUUCUUAAUAUCUAUCCUAGACCCAUCCCAACAUCCUUGGAUCUUAUCAUCUUAAAACUUAAUGAUCAACGUUUUUCAUACCUUUUCUGUAUCUUUUUAUUCUUAUUCGGGAAGACUUGAGGGCUUGUUAGGAUCGGAGUACAUCGGCGAGAAAUACCACAUCACCGGCGUUUUGGAUGCUGGCUGAAUUGAUGAUUUUAUGGCGGGGCAAUAUAUCUUUUUCCUGGUAUUUCCUGUAUCACCAUUCUCGGAAGCAUCGCUCGAGCAAGAAACUUAGAAGGCCUCCUCACAGGGACUAGUGAGGUCUUUAUUUACGCGUGACGGAGUUCACGUGAGGGAGCGAAGAAAAAAAAUAAUCAUGAGGGCGGCGAGUUUUAUGAAGUUGACAACGCCUUUCUGGGAAGGGCAAGAUAUGAAGAGCAGGCGGGUAUGAAAAAAGGAGAUGAUGUUAUCUGGCUAACUUGUCAACGCCUGGCGGGACGAUGAAUUCCCCCUGUACUAUUACAUUUCUGAACUAUCGUUGAUGACAGCGAACUACUUUCUCCCCCUGGUUUUAUUUUAUUUCUAGAGAUACCUGACCAGGGAUGGCUGAUGGAAGAUAAAGUAUCGGAAAAAAUCUCACUAAUCAAUAUUUAACAUUC